AGCUAUUAUUAGAUGUAGAAGGAAAAUGGCCACCCAAAGUAUUAAAGUCGAUUCGAAAGAGUUUGAAGUUAAACAAUACGACUUUCCUACCCAACAAAUACCACGUUUGAACUACCAAGAUCCUAAAGCUGAAAAAUUAAUUGAAAAUGGGGUAUGUUUAAUAUUAUUUAUUUAUUUAUUUUUAAUUUUUGUCAAAGUCAAUAACAGAUCAAAUUGUAAUUGACAAAAAUAGAUACUUUUUUUUUCCUGGAAAUCCUGUUUUCACACCACGAAUCCUUUAAAUCAGCCUUUUAUAUAACCUUCCUUUUAUAUAACCGCCCUUUAAAAUAAAAAGUAAUGUUUAGGGUCAUCCUUGACUUUAUUUAUAAAUUUUAGGUUAAAUGAAAAACUUAUAAUAAUUAGGCCAAGAAUAAGAAUGUAAAAUAUUUUAUUUUUGUUAUAAGUUAUUGUUAAUGAAUGACUGAAAAUGUCAAUGUUUGGGCUUGGGUAAAUUCAGAGAAAGCGGCCCGCGUCUAUUUCCAUGCGAGCACUUUUACAUCUUAAAUCAAUCCCUACGCCUAACCCUAAUCCUAAAUCUAUCCCUAUGCCUAUGCCUAACCCGAACCCUAAAUCUAUCCCUAUGCCUAACCUGAACCCUAAAUCGAUCCCUAUGCCUAACCUUAACAAAGUCGACGUGGGCCGCUAAAUCUGAAACAGUACAGUUUCAUGUCUAAUGCCUUAUUAUGCAGUGUUUUAUUUAAAUGAAACAAUAAUUUAGUCAAAAUGGCCAGGCCCCUGCCCCUAAUAAACCCUAAACCCUCUUGAGAUGGCUUGGUCAAUCUAUCUGCCCAGAGUCCAGAGUGUCAGUGUCAUGGUCAUGGUAAAAGAGACAAAAGGCCAAUCCAUCUGCCCAAUAAUAAAAGCAUGGAGAUCGGCUGGCUGUUCUUUGUAUCAGCUAAUCAGAUUGCUUCUAGCAUUUUUUACUCAUCUCACAAUUUUAAUGGUGGCUUCCAUUGAUAGUUUACUGUGUUCUGUCAUUUCUGUAUGGAUGGUAAAGAUGCAGUAUAAAUUGGUUCUAAUUUACAAUGUUUAUUUUACUUUAUGGUCAUAUUUUUAAAUCAUGCAUACGUUUAUUUUACUUUUUCCAGCAACCUGUGAUUCUAACAGGAUCCGACUUGGUUGGUUCAGCUUAUCACUGGGAUCUUGGUUACUUGUGUUCCAAUUUGGGUUCUGGAAAAUACACUGUUUACUCUUCGCCGGAUGGAAAAUUCAAGUAUUAUGAUGAAAAAAAGUUACCUCAAAAUAAAAGUUUUAAACCUCCAACAUCAAAUUCUGAGAUGUCAUUCCAGGACUUUGCCUCUAAAUUGCGCAAAAGAGACUCUAAAGAAUUGUAAGUGUUGCUUUUAAAAAUUCUUGAAGCCUUAAUCUUGAACAUUUAGAACAGAUAACUGUAUUUAGGUUUAGAUUGGAAGGUCUGUAGAUCCUAAGUUGAGAGAGCUUGUAUUACAGAUCAUUAACAGUAACCUGAUCCAUGAAGGUAAUUAAAUUAGAGUAACUUUUGAAAUCAUCUCAACCAAAUGGAGAAGUAAAAUUGCAGGCUUGUAUUGUUAAUAAAAUAAGAUAAUCCUUGAGCAUAUUUUAAAAAAAAGCUUUUAACAUAAACAUAUGUUUAAAAAUAUGAAAUGAGCAUAAGUUUAAAAUAAAGCAUUAAAUAAUUUAAAAAAUAAUAACCAGUGGCUAUCUAAAAUUUAAAUAUUUUCAUUUCAGUAUAUAUUUGCAACAGUCACUCAAUGAUACAGUAGGAAAACGAAUUGUUAUGGACUUUACAAAUUUCAACUGGGGUUGGGCAAACGAGACGCAGAAAAGAAAUAGAUGGGGCCCUCUGACAUCAAAUCUUCUCUUGGUGGGCAUGGAGGGUGAGAUAAUUUAAUAAAAUUAUUGAUUAUUCGUAUAAAAUAUUAACCUAUUUUCCAUCUAACUAUUUUCUAACCAUUAGAUUAGCUCAUUAAUUUUUAUAUCUAUAAUAUGUGAAACAGUUCUGUUCAGCUAUCUUUACCAAAGCAGAAUUUGAAAUGACCAGAAUUUGUCUUUUGUGUGUAGGGGUAAUUACACCAGCCCACUAUGAUGAGCAGGAAAACUUGUUUGCUCAAAUUCAAGGAUAUAAAAGAUUUUUACUGUUUGAUCCAAACCAGUUUGACUGUUUGUAUCCUUACCCAAUCUAUCACCCUCAUGACCGACAAAGUCAAGUAAGUAAAAUACUGUAAAUUAUUUGUGUGGUAAAACAAUACAGAAUCAGCUAUAUUUUAUUCCUGUCAAUUUAAAGAAACAGCUUCCUCUUUGGAAAGUGCAAAAUGAAUGUGAUCAGGUUGAAGCAAUAUAAAAAUAUAAAACACAAGAAGGGGAAAAUCUGAAAAAAAGUACUAAACAAAAUAGCGAAAAUGUAAACAUCAGCAAACCGAAAAGUACAAUUAGAGACUUAAAAAGGGUAAUACAAACUUAUAUGAGUUUGUUUUCCAGAGAACUGCAAAUGAUGAUGGUGAGUAGGCAAGUGAUUUAACUUAGGAAAGGGGAACAAAGAAAGAAAAGGAAGCACAUUGGGAUAGGUUGUAUAUUGAAGUAAAGGACUGAAGAGAGAAGACAUUCAAACAACCGUCAGGAUACCAUAAGCAUAUAUGAUAUUCAAGUUGGGGUGGGGGGGGGGCACAAAUGUGUGAUAAAAGUGUCCAAUUGUCCAAUGUGUGUUACAAAUUUGUGACUCAUGGGGCGGGUGUAUAAGAAAUAUACCAAAAUUGCAUGAUGCCAGUUAUGGAUGACCCCUAUCCUAAUAACAUUUUUUACUAACUUUCUGUAACAACAAUUGUCUAAAUUUGCUGUUUUUAGGUAGAUUUUGAUGCACCCGAUCUUAAGAGAUUUCCUAAUUUUGCUAAUGCAAAAGCACAUGAAGCAAUUGUUGGCCCUAAGGAUGUUCUAUAUCUUCCAAUGUACUGGUAAGGAAUUCUAUAUACAGAAUUACUUUUUUCAUGUUUUAAGUUGCAUUAACGAAAAUAAAAUUGUUAUUUUAUUAGUAAACAUAUAUUUUUAAAAUAAUGCUUUGGUAGAAUUAUGGGUCACGAAUUCUGAAAAGGGUCACAAUAAUAAGUGACCAAAUUCUGAAAAGGUCAACUACAAUAUUGAAGCUUAAAAAUAAAACUGUUCACUUAAGUCUUGAAUUUUUUUUAUGUGGUUAGUUUUAAAAGUUAUCUCCUAAAUAAUGUUUUUAAGUUGUCACAAGUGAAAUAUGCUGAAGAAUUAUUUUUCUUUAUCUGUUUGCUUCAUAAAUUUUUCUGAUAAAAUAAUAUUGUCAUUUUAAUUGGCUCAUCGGCAUGUCCUACACUUUUUAAAAAAUAUGUUUAAAAUUUUUCUUUAGUUUACAUUGCACCUAUUUAAAAAAUAUCUUGAUGUCUUUACAUUUUCAGGUGGCACCAGGUUGAAUCUUUGCAUGGACAUGGUGAAACUAUAUCAAUCACUUUCUGGUACAAGGUUGGUCAAGUUAAUGCAUAUAAGUUAACAGACUCCUGCCUAACCUAUUUAACCCCGAACUGUGGCAUGCAUCAUUCUGUGGUGUGGAGCUUUUCAGAGCUUUUUGAGUGCCUUUUGAAAUUGCAUUAAAUGACAUAGAAAUAUUGAUGCAAGACCCCAAUAAUUAUAAAUUUUUAGAAAGGUAAAUGGAUGGGGAUCAAGUUGGCUAUAAUGCCCACCCCAUAAAAAAAUUUUUUGCACAGUGUCCUUGACCUUGGAGUGCUCAAGAAAAUAAAAAUCGACAAAAUGUCUUGCUUUCAAGUGAUCAUAACAUCAUUAAUUUUUAUAGAUACACUUAAAACACAAAUCUAAAUGUUGUAGCCAAUUCAUUUAUCUUUCAGAAAAUGUGUAGUUUGCUAAGGUAUUGAUUACAAUUAAACUUUUGAAAGCAAUUUUUGAUCAUUUAUAUAAAAAACUGGGACCACAGCUAAAACAAAGUACAAAAUACAAAAUCUCAGGGAAAAUAGUUAUUAUUGACUAGUGAACAUUUAAAAAGGAACUGUGGAACUGAGUUGGGCUGUUAAACUAUAAAAUUUAUUAGUUCUGAUCUAUAAUCUGUAGCGUCUAUGACUAAAAUUCAGUCAGUCCUUGCCCAACCUCUUGGCGUGGCUCGAAGUCAAACAGUAGCCUUAGUAGGCCUACUUCAGUAUCACUAUGUACUAAGACUAGUAUUAGAUUCACGAAAAGAAGAAUCUGAAGUGAGAUGUCAUUGGGAAUGUUAAAAUCAUCAUCAGUAUCACUUAGAUCCUCUCCUAAAAAGCUUUCAAAGACAUUUUUAUUAGUUCUCGCACUGAAGGCCCGGCCAUAGCUUCCGCUAUUUUAACUUUAAAAAAAACAGGGAUAUAAAAUUGUGAUUAAAAAGUACUUAUUGUUAAAUUAUCAAGAAACAGCUUGACCCGGAAGUUGAUUUAACUAUUAAUAAAAGGAAGAGGCUAUGAUUUCGGUUAAAUAUUGGACUGGAAGUUGUUAUCGGACCGUGUUUUUUAUCGGCCCAUUUUUUCAGCCGCCACAGCAUAGAACGAGAAUAUCGACUGAUUUCGUUGGCCGACCACAGUUCGAGGGUUAACAAAAACUUGUCCUCCUGUCUAAGCAAAGGGCAUAACUCCAUUUUAAAAUGUAUAUGAUAUUUUUUUUAAAAUAAAUAGUAAAACAAAAGCCAUGUCUUUGUUCUUUAAAUUUUUAUUUAAUAUAAAAAAAUGAAUUAAAUGUUAUAAUCACGAUAAAAAAUAAGGUUAUUAAAAGAUAAUAGCCUUAUAAUAAUAAUAAUAUUCGAAUUUUACUGUUGCUGCAUUUUAAAAAAUUCACUGAAAUUCCCCAUAGCCAGCUUGUAUUAUAUCUACAAUGUGUAACAGUACUGACUUGUAUAGUCUGUUUCAGAUAUAUCUUUAACUAUAAAACAUACAUAUUUCUCUUUUUGUAAAAGAGCUUCGAGCCCGAGUGGAGCCGUUAAUUUCAGUUCAGUAGUUUAGUUGGUAGCCAGCCUUAAAGAGCAUGGCAUGUGACUAUCAACCUCCCAUGCCACCGCCAGGUUUUUCAGGCAGGUGCUGUUGGGAAUUAGGGACGCAAAAGUGGGCGCUUGUGGCAGGAGACAGUUAAAAUGUUUAAUAUUUUUUGUAGGAUUAGCAUUUAUUAAAGUUAUACAUUUUGUUUAUUUAUGUUUGAAAAACUUCAUUGGUAAUAAUAAUAAGUAAUAAUAAUAAUGAUAAUUGUUCUCAUUUUUAUAUAUAUAUUCAGGCAGCUCCAACCGUGAAAGUUGUGUAUCCACUAAACGAUGGACAAAAAAUUGCAAUAAUGAGAAAUAUAGAAAAAAUGAUAGCAGAGGCUUUGAAUGACAAUGAUUCGGUAAUAAACGAUUAUUUUAAUUCUAGUUGAAUUGAAAAGUUCUUUUUAAUUAUAAUUCAAAUCUCAUUCCUUGAAAUUAAACAUUUUAAUCAGCACGAAUUGUUUAUAGAUUGUGUGCUUUUUAAAAUUAAGAGCAUUGGCUUAUAGAUUAGCAUUUGAAUUUUCUUUCUUAAUAUGUUAAAAUGAUCUCAAAUGGUCUGAUCUAUGUUUUCUCAACAGAUGCCUCAGUUUAUGAAGACAAUGGUUCUUGGUCGAUACACGUAGCAGACAACAUGCUAUUGAUUUUUUCUUUUCUUGUUUGUUAUGAUUUUUUACUACUGUGCAACUGCUUGAAUAUUAUACGUUUAUAAAUAGUUUCCUUUGGUGAGAAAACAUUUCAUUACUUUACAUAUAUGUAGAUAUAAUUAUAAUUAUUGAAUGAGUGGAGAAAUUUUGAGGGAGAAGCUCAAUGUUGGUUUUUUUUUUUUAUUAAUUGACCCAUAAUUUAUGCUAAUACAAAAUUUGAAACAUUUUCAGUGUUCAAGUCACUGCGAUUAAUAACAUUUUAAAAUAUAUACACUGAUACUUUUAAAGCUUUAUUAAAAUUCUGACUAGGUCAUCAAAGCAUGAUUUCUAAAAAGAUUUAAAUAUUUUUCAACUAUUUUUUAACUGUAUUUCGUAAGUUAACUUAUUAAUGUUAACCUAGGGAAUUAGUCAUUACCUGGUAUUGACUAAUACAAUCUUCAAUAUCAACAGACACACUUAUAAUUUGUCAGUUAAUGUCUUUUAUUAACAUCUGAUUCAUAUUUAUUUAAAACUGACAUAUUUCCUUGAGAAAUUUAUAAUUUAAAAAAAUGGACAGUCGAGUUCUUUUAGUUUGACACAGUUAAAAUUCAUUUUAAAAGAUUUUUAUCUUUAAAUCUGAAUCUUUUUCUUUGUUCAUUUUUAUCAAUACAAACUUAACAGUCUGAACCAUGCCAUUUACAAAAAAACGUGAAUACAUGAGUAAAGGUAAUUUAUUUGAAAAUUGCUUCAAAUCACUGUUGACUUGUGCCCAGAAAAUAACUUUUUUCUUUCAUUAUUAUGGUAAGCACAUUUUUGGCUACAGACUUGUUAAGUUUUCAUGUAGUUUAAAGUGUAAGAUUAAACAGUUAAGUAUAUUAACAUUUAAUUUUUCAAAUAACAUUUCUUUUUUUUAAAAUCAGUAGUUUUAAAUUAUGUAAUAAUUUACUGAUAUUAUACAGUUAUUAUUUUUCAAAGUGUGAAUUACAUUAUUUACAUAAUUAAAAGUUAUCAACAUUUUUUUUAAUAGAAUUUACAAAUUGUUUAGUGUGCUGUAGUUGAAGUAUUUACACUUUUGUUUGAGAUAUAAGUUAAAAUGAAACUACAUGAUAAUAGUAGAACACUGAUUAUUAGCACACUGGAAAACUUUAACAAAAUCAUGCUGGAUUAAAGUAUUGUCGUGUUGCUUUACAAAAAAAUCAAUGGAAAUCGGCUUUUAAAUCUUAAAGCAGGGGGAGUGGG